UUAAGGGUCUGAAGUUACGUAACUUCAUGAAAACGUUCCACCUCUCAUAACCCGAGCGGGGCGCCACAGUCGCAGACGGAACAAAUUAUUAUACAAGAGAGCGUUAUCUGUUGUAUAGCGGUUAUUAUUUUGAAGGUUAAUCAUCAUGAUUCACGUAUUUAGUGCUUUGAAGGGCUUAUUACAAGGUAAGAAAAUAUACAUUGACCAUUGGGUGUUCCGACUGCACUACAGAUUUACAGUUCUUCUUUUACUGUUCUUUUGCAUCAUCGUGAGUACCAAACAGUAUGCUGGAGAACCCAUCAAAUGUUCCCCAGAUCUGCGUGUUUAUUCUGCAGUAGUGGAUACUUACUGCUUCAUUACUACAACAUACACUGUUCAAACAGCCAUGAAUUUAACGCCCAGCCAAGGAGCUCCUCAUCCUGGUGUCUCUUCAUCUCAAGAUGAAAGUAAUUAUAUUUAUCACGCGUAUUAUCAAUGGAUCGGAUUCCUGUUGUUCUUUCAGAGUGUAUUAUUUUACUUUCCGCACUGGCUGUGGAAGAAUUUUGAAGGUGGAAAGCUUUCUUGGCUUUUAGAGAGGGACAUCAGGUUUUGCUCUAAAGAAGAAAAAAACAAGUGUAAAGAUCUAAUAAUUUCUCAUCUCCGGACAAUAUGGCACAUCGAUAGCACCUAUAUUUUCAAGUACUUCCUGUGUGAGAUCUUGUGUUUAGUGAACUUAAUAGGACAAAUGAUGCUUCUUGAUCUAGUACUCAAUGGACAAUUCUAUUCAUUCGGCAUCGAAGCUGUUCAUUAUUUAAGAAAUUAUACUAACCUGAAAUCGAAUCCAUUUUUAAAAGUUUUUCCUAGAGUCACCAGCUGCACAUUUCGGUACUUCGGGGAAACAGGUAAAGUUAGAAGCGUGUCUGUGCUUUGCAUACUUGCGAUCAAUAUUGUGAACGAGAAGAUAUUCUUGAUCUUGUGGUUCUGGUUCAUCAUCUUACUUAUAAUAACAUCAUUGGCUUUCAUAGCUCGUGUAGUAAUAUUCUUUUUUAAGGCCGUAUUGUUGCAUUUCUUUCGCCUUAAUUUCCGAGUUCUGCGCCCGGAUGAUUUAAGAGUUAUUACAGAAACUGGUAAUAUGAGUAAUUUACUCUUUGUUUACUUUCUGGGAAAAAACAUGGAACAUAAUUACUUUAACGAUGUAAUUAUGGAUUUUGUUGCAAUAUUACAAGGCAAAGCGCACUAAAAAAUCGAAAAUUAGAUUCCCCCCCAAUAGUAGCAGUUUCUAUCCAGAGAGAAGAACCUGUUUGUCAAAAAUUUGUGGGAAACUAUAUAAAUACAAAAAAAGUAUAAAAUUAACAGAGCAAUAACAUUGUCUUUUGGCGUAGAUUUUAGUCAAGACUUUAUCAAUUUCGUGGGCAAACAGGUAGAGGUCCCUCUUCAUCAGGAGCAAAGAAAUUAAAGCCACGGUUGUAUUUAUACCCAAAAAAGAUUAAAGUGAAGGUAGCGCCAUCUAUCAUCAGAAAUAGCAAGGAAAAUUGAAAAAUUAAGUUAAAAGAAUUGUAGAAACGUUAAGAAGUACUGGAUUAAACUCAUUAACUAAACAAGAUAAAGCUUUGUGAAUCUGAAAAGCUUAAAGAAAAUCCAAUUCGCCAAAGAAAGAAGACUUUUGGAUAAUUUUUGCAGAUUGAAAGUCAAAAUUGUGAAAUUUCCCACUAAUAAUUAGCUAUCGAAGGCAUGCAAAUUUCGCCUUUUCCGAUAUAAGAUUGGUUGGUAUUCCAUGAUAUGAAACUUUAACGUUAUUUUAGUUUGGCCGAUAUAUAUCAAACCACACUGACAAGAAAUGCUAUAAAUUCUCCAAGAAUUAAUGCCAGAAAUUAAGAAUCGAACCAUGGAUAGGCCAGAAAAUGGAACUUCUGGAGAAUCUAUGCAAUUUUGUAACCGACAGAAGGAUGAAAUGAGAGCACAAUAAGGUUAUUAAUAUUAUUUUUAACAGCAGAUUGUCUUCUUUGUUGGAAAGAUAAAAUUUUUUAAAGACUUUAUCAAUGACCACGGGAGAAAGUCCUCAGCCAAUUGUAACUAAUCUCAAGUAAUUGAUUUCAGUUGCAAGCAAAAAUUCUGAGGAGCAAAUUUCCAAAUUUGAUGAGGCUCUACCGUAAACCUUUUUCUGUUUGUUUGUCUCCCCAUGCUAGGUUAUGUCACUCGAUUUAAGCACAAAAUGGUUUCUUUAUACUAUUAUGUAUUUCGCCACUUAUUUCUUGGGAAAUUUGUAGCAUUCCUUGUCAUUGUGAUUUGACAUAUAUCGACCGAACUAAAAGAGCGUUAAAAUUUCGCAUCAAGAAACUCGAGGCUUAUGUCCGAAAAGGCGAAAUUGACAUGUCUUCGAUAGUUAAUCAUAGUUGGAAAUUUAAUUACAAUUUUGACUUUCGGCGUACAAAAGUUAUCAAAAACGUGGAUUUUCUUGAAGGUUUUCACAUUUAUAAAGAUCUAUCUUGUUUAGUUAAUAGCUGUAAUUCCAAUCCAGUCCUUGCUAACGCUUUUAAAAUUCUGUUAAUUUUUAAAAUUUUCAUUAAUAUCUCUGCUGACAGAUGCGUUACCUUGUCGUUUGUUUUACUCCUUUUGGAUAUAAAUACAACCAUGGCUUUCCCUUCGUUACAGAUUUCUUUGCUUCUUACGAAGAAGGACCUGUACUUGUUUGUCAUCGAAAUCAAUAGGCUUGAUUAAAAUCUAUACCAAACACAAAGUUGCUGCCUUGUUAAUUUGAUGUUUUACUUUGGCGUGUUUCUCUUCUCUUUUAGUUUGUUUUUCUUGCUUUUGCCUAUAAGGAUGUUGCCUUGUUAAUUUUAUGUUUCUGCUUUUGCCUAUUUAGAAUUGCCAAAUAAAAUAAAUGUUGUAUUUAUUGCUGUGAAAUGCUAUAACCAACAUGAAAAUGAAUAAAUAACAUUUACGAAAAUAAAAUGCUGUAAAUUUUCUAAAAAAUAUU